AUGUGUUUGGAAUCCAGCGUACAAGACUACUUGGGCCCAAAGGUUUCGGUGGUGGGGACGAGUAGAGAUACAGUAGAUCACACAUCAGGCGUCCAACUGUUGAAGAACGCUCGGAUCAGGAUGGUGUUUUCGCAAGCAUUUCUACGAAUGGACGAGCGUGGCAAUGCGAAGCCAUUUUUGGUUCUAAGCGAGAUUGCGGCGGUCCGAAUGGCAGAUCCGAAUGGCAGGCAAGCCCGAAUAUUUCCUUGA